GACGCCUACUAUUCUUUAGUUUUAAGAAUUUUCAGUCAAAAUUGACAUAAUCCUUCAAUCAUUCAACAAAUUAUUUUUGGGCCAAAUUUAAAUACAAGGUGCUACCAUCACAAAGGAAACUCAUCCUUUGGCAUUACAUAGUCUCUUUGAUGCAAGUGCCCCUUAGUGAGAUCAAAAAGAUGAGGGGAAAGCCAGCUUCAGCCAAAACCAUUUUAUUCCUAUGCAUUGCAUGCUUUCUUGCUGGAACACUUUUCACUGGCCAAAUGUGGACAAGCCCUUCCAGCCAUGAAAGUACAACGCUACCGGUGGUCAGACAUGACGGUGGUCACAAGCGGAAAGUGAUUGAAGAUGGACCGGGUGAUGUAAUGGAGGAAGUCACCAAGACUCAUCAAGCUAUCAAGUCGUUAGAUAGAGCAAUUUCAACUUUGGGAAUAGAAUUGACAGCAUCUAAGACAAGCCAAACUGGUGGGCAGGGGCAGCACUUGAGACAACAUGCUUCUAACCAUAGUAUACAGAAAGCUUUUGUGGUGAUUGGUAUUAACACUGCCUUUAGCAGCAAAAAACGACGGGAUUCGAUACGCGAAACAUGGUUGCCUAAAGGAGAUAAGCUUAAGGAACUAGAAAAAGAGAAGGGAGUUGUUGUAAGGUUUAUGAUUGGGCAUAGCACAACACCAGGAAGCAUUCUUGACAAAUCACUUGAUGAAGAAGAAGCAGAACACAAUGAUUUCCUUAGGUUAGACCAUGUUGAAGGCUACCAUGAAUUAUCAUCCAAGACAAGAUUAUUCUUUUCAACUGUUACUUCUAUGUGGGAUGCUGAUUUUUAUGUCAAGAUUGAUGAUGAUGUACAUUUAAAUCUUGGUAUGCUAGUGAGUACACUUGCUAAGUAUCGAUCAAGACCUAGGGUUUACAUCGGUUGCAUGAAAUCUGGCCCAGUUCUAUAUCAAAAAGGUGUAAAGUAUCAUGAGGCUGAGUAUUGGAAGUUUGGAGAAGAAGGGAACAAAUAUUUCAGGCAUGCCACAGGACAAAUCUAUGCCAUCUCAAGGGAUCUUGCUGACUAUAUAUCUAGCAAUUGGCCAAUAUUGCACAGAUAUGCAAAUGAAGAUGUGUCUCUAGGAGCAUGGUUAUUGGGCUUAGAAGUUGAACAUGUUGAUGAACGUUCCAUGUGUUGUGCUACACCCCCAGGUUUAUUGUUUUUUCAAGCAGAUUGUGAAUGGAAGGCAAGGUCAGGAAACAUGUGUGUGGCAUCUUAUGAUUGGAAAUGCAGUGGCAUAUGUAAGUCUGUGGAGAGAAUGAAGGAAAUUCACAAUGCUUGUGGGGAAGGAGAUGGAGCUGUUUGGAAUGUUGAAAUCUAAUUCACAAAAUUAGUUUGCUACUUUUGCAUGAAGAAGCAUUGAAUUCUUCUUCCUUUUGUUAUUUAGAGCAAGUUGUCACCGUUUGGUUUAGAGAUAAUAUGUAUUUGUUACCUUCAUUUUGUUUGGCUUUUUAAUUUCCAAUGAAGUUUCCCUUCCUAUA